CAUAAGCAAAACGAAACAAAACCAUCAAUGGAAAUAAACAAGUUCAGGAAAAACAUUCCACCAUCGUUCGGGGAACGCGUAACCAUCCUUAGCAUCGACGGUGGCGGAGUUCGAGGAGUCAUCCCUGGAGUCAUCCUUGCUUACCUCGAAGAACAACUUCAGGCUAUCGAUGGAAAAGACGCGAGGAUAGCGCACUACUUUGACGUGAUAGCUGGAACCAGCACCGGUGGCCUUGUAACGGCCAUGUUGACUGCACCAAAAAACAAGGAUUCUGCUCGGCCUCUUUUUGAUGCCAAAGAUAUU